AACAAAUAUGGCGGGCGAUAACAGAGGAAAGACUGUUGAAGAACAUUCAUCAUUGCCGCUUCAGAUUUUUCUAUUUCUGAACAUUUGGUAUGCCAUGGUAUUUUGUGUUGCUGAGCUCUUGCUCUAUGUCUACAAAGGUACAAUUUUGCCAUACCCUGACAUGGUAAGAACCCUGACUAUUGAGAUCAUCAUCAUAUUUCUUUUGGCUUUUAUUGAAGGUGUUAGGAUCUUUCUUGGUUACAAAGGCAACCUGGCAGAACGUACAAUGGCGCUUGUGUUUUCUGUGGUGCUUGGUAUACCUGUUCUGUUUAUUGAGUUAUUCAUCCUACUGUGGCAGACAUACGUGUUAGUGGUGAAUUUACAUCAAAAGUUUGGGGUCGUGUUCAAGUCCCAGGGGGGAGGGGGAACCCCCAUAUAUAAAGGAUGGGUGCACAUGUCGGAAAUUUUGAAAAGAACCCCAAGAGGUACAAAGGUCCUGUUUUGUGGGCGUGGCUUGAAAUUUUUUUCCAGAAGCUCAGAACUGGCCAGGGGUGCUUUCCAUUGGAGGAAAAAUUUUGGUUGCAAUUUUCGAAAAUUUCUAGUGUCUUAUUUAUCAUCUUCUGGAAGUUCCGGAAAAUAGGACAGCCUGGCGAGGUAUACCGAAAUUUUCUGAAAUUUCUGACCGGAAAUUUCCGUUUCAUUCGGCUUUCCUUUCGGAAUAUCCGAAAACUUUUCCAGGAAAUUUCCGUAACGUUUGCCUCUGUUCAGAAAGUUCCUGAUUUUUUGGUUGAAUGGAAAGCGCCCCAGGACUAACAAGUCACGAUAUAAAUGAAGGACGUGACCGCAGAUUCUGAAAUUGAAUUGUCUUGGCAAUCAGGUCUCACAAUUAGCAACACUAGAAAUGUAUAGAGACUAUUGAGGAGAAUUUGUAUGUUGGCAUCGAGAUUAAAGGAGCUACGCCACGGUUUGCUUAUCUUAAAAAGUUUAACAUAAAUUUUUCAAGUUCGUCGUUAG